AUGGCAGUCGAUUUGAGCAAGCCUCGCUAUCCUCAGUCAACAUACUUGGGUCGUCUGCGUCAUUUCGUCGAUGUGACUGAUGUCAGGACACUUUUUGCAUCGAACAAGCAGUUGGAGGAGGCCAAAAAGUUGCUUAAUGACUACAAGCAAAACCCACAAAUGAAAGUGGACGCUGAGCGUCUUUGGGGAGCCAAGAAAGUGGUGGAUUCGACCUUACAUCCUGAUACGGGUGAAAAAAUCCUGUUGCCUUUUCGCAUGUCAUCCUUUGUACCCACGAACAUGAUCCUUGUGGCAGGCAUGUUGACACCCAAUCCCUCGAUCAAAAACAUCAUCUUUUGGCAAUGGGCCAAUCAAAGUGUCAACGUUGCAUUCAACUCUGCUAACGCCAACAAAUCCACACCAUUGAAUCUUAAGGAAACUGCAGUGGCCUAUGCCUCGGCUGUUACUACUUCAUGUGCAUUGGCGGUGGGCUUGACACAAUCCGUACCUCGUUUACGUAUCGCUGAUGCCACCAAGCGUAUCCUGAUGAAGCUUGUUCCAUUUACAGCCGUCGCUACAGCUGGUACUGUAAACGUGUUUUUGAUGCGUGGAAAGGAAAUCACCAAUGGUAUCGAUGUAUACACCGAGGAUAAUGAAAAGGUUGGCAAAUCCAAAAAGGCUGGUCUUGCUGCUGUGUCACAGGUGGCCAUCUCUCGCGUGCUCACCAACGCACCUGCUCUUGUGAUUCCUCCUCUUGCAUUGGAUCGAUUAAAGCAAACCGAAUUUGUCAAGGCACGACCUAAACUUGUGAUUCCUUUGAACUUUGGUUUGAUUGCAUUCUGCAUGUUCACAGCAUUGCCUGCAGCUAUUGCCGUGUUCCCUCAAAUUUCAUCCUUGGAGACAUCUGCCAUGGAGCCCGAAUUCCAAAACCUUAAGGAUAGCAACGGCAAACCCAUCACUCGAUUGUACUAUAAUAAAGGAUUGUAA